AGGGAGCCAGUGCUGCUCGUUCUAGGUCCUGGGCUCUUCUUGUCUCUCUAUUUGUGGGUCUAAAUAGUGAGAAAACGGAGGCAAAGGAAGGAAGCUGGAUACCAAGUUCUGUCUGGACUCCCCCCUCUUACAAUUAUUGGUAAUAUUCUGCGAUGACUACAGACAAAAAUAUGAAAGAAAUCCUUCUAGAUACACUGGACAAUCUCUCAGCGGAAAAGGAAGGAGAUCUUGAAAGAUUUAAAUUCAGCUUAGCAAAUGCUAACUAUGAAAAAAAAACAAUCCCCAAAGGUCAGCUGCAGGAAGCUGAUGAUCGGUUGAAACUUGUAGACCUCUUGUGUAAAUACUACAAGGAACAAGGUGCAGUGAAUGUAGCUAUAUCGGUCCUUGAAAAGAUCAAUUGCAGAGAUUCUGCUGAUAAACUCAAGGAGGCAAGACAGAAAGCUUUGGGUCCUCAGCAAACACCUGAAACAUCAGCAAAUGCUUACAGGGUGAAGUACAGAGAACAUAUACGAAACAAAUACAGCGCAAUAAAAGACAUGAACGCUCGUCUUGGUGAGAAUGUGAAGCUAAACAGCAGAUACACAAAGCUGAUCAUUGUAAAGGAACAUCGUCACAAAAAGCAGAGAGAAAAUGAAAUAGUGGCCUCGGGACGGAGACAUGAAGAAAUCAUAUCUAACUACGCUAGUUCCAUCACCAUAGGCCAUUUAUUUGAACUUGAUGAAGAUGGACAAUUACCACAAAUUGUCAUGUUGCUGGGACCUGCAGGAAUUGGAAAAACACUGACCGCAAUAAAGAUCAUGUUGGACUGGGCAAAUGGAGAACUGUAUCAGAGCAGGUUUGAUUAUGUUUUCUACAUAAAUUGUAGGGAACUUAACUUUGUCAGUGAGCAGGGAAGUAUUGAAGAUUUGAUCUUCAAGAACUGUGCAGAUCAAAAUGCACCAACUAAAGAGAUUUUGAUGAAUCCAGAAAAACUCCUGUUCAUAAUUGACGGUUUUGAUGAACUGAGAUUUUCCUUUAAUCAGUCAGAAAGUAAUUUCUCCUCCGAUCCCUGUGAGAAGCAGCCAGUGGAAAUUGUACUGAGCAGUUUAUUUAGAAAAAAAGUGCUUCACAAAUCCUACUUAAUAAUUACUACAAGGCCAACAGCUCUGGAGAAACUCAAGCAGUGUUUGGAAGAUGGACACUGUGCAGAACGUUAUGCAGAGAUUCUGGGGUUUUCUGAAAAUGCGAGAGAAGAAUAUUUUCACAAGUUCUUUAGGAAUGAAGAACAAGCAAUAAAAGCCUAUAACUUUGUAGAAGACCGUGAAAUGCUCUUCACCAUGUGCUUUAUUCCCAUUGUGUGUUGGAUCAUCUGCACUGUUCUGAAACAACAGAUGGAAGCAGGUGAAGAUCUUGCACAAACUUCAAGAACAGUCACUGAUGUCUACGUGCUCUAUCUCUCCAGUCUGAUGAAAGGUCACAGCAGUAAUUCAAAGCAACAGAUACGAAUGAACUUGAAGGGACUUUGUUCCUUGGCUGCAGAUGGAGUAAGGAGGCAGAAAAUACUCUUUGAGGAAGAUGAAAUCAAGCAGCAUGGCUUACAUACAGCUGACUCUCUCUUUCUGAAUGAGAACAUGUUUCAGAAAGACCUUGACUGUGAACAUGUCUACAGCUUCAUUCACUUGAGUUUUCAAGAAUUUUUUGCAGCUUUAUCUUGUGUGUUGCAGAAAGAAGAAACAACAGUGGAAGAUUCAGAAACUAUUCUGAAAAAUGUCAAGAUGUUGUUGAAAAGGGAUACAAACAAUGGGAAUUCUUCCACAUUAACUGUGCGAUUCCUGUUUGGUCUUUUAAAUGAUGAGAGAAAGGAGGAGAGGGAGAAAAUGCUUAGCUGUAAAAUUUCACCACUAAUUAAAGAAACUUUAGUAAAGUGGGUUGAAGAAAAACCCACUGUGUCAUUGUUCAGUUAUGUUGGUAAGAAGAUGACUUCCUAUCUUGAGGCGUUUCACUGUUUGUAUGAAAUUCAAGAAAAAAAAAUUGUGCAGAGUGCAAUGAAUCGUUACACUCGGCUAAUAUUAACUGAGCAUAACUUUACCAAAAUGGAUGAAAUUGUUCUUUCAUUCUGUAUAAAGCAUUGCUGUAAACUGGAGUCACUUUGUCUAAGACAGUGUUCCUUUCAAGAUGAAGAUAUGCCAAGACCGUGCAAGCAGCCACGUCGGGCACAAUAUCAGCAUGAGCCGCAUCAUUCUCCUAUUUACCAGCUCUGUCAAGCAUUGAUGGCUCCAAACAGUAUAUUAAAGACACUAAACUUGUGGAGUUGUCGUCUCACAGCCGCUGGCUGUGGGGAUCUUGCAGAUGUUCUCAGAACCAGCCACAGCCUGACCGACCUGUACCUGUAUAAUUCUGUGGAAGAGGCCGGAGUGCAGCUGCUGUGUGGGGGACUGAAACACCCGAACUGCAAACUGCAGACACUGGAGUUGGACUCGUGCCGUGUCACAGCCGCUGCCUGUGGGGAUCUCGCUGCUGUUCUCACAACCAGCCGGAGCCUGACAGAGCUGAUCCUGGGGGGUAACGAACUGGGAGAUUCCGGAGUGCGGCUGCUGUGUGAGGGAUUGAAACACCCGAACUGCAAAUUACAGAGACUGAACUUGGAAUCGUGCCGUGUCACAGCCGCUGCCUGUGGGGAUCUCGCUGCUGUUCUCAGAACCAGCCGGAGCCUGACAGAGCUGCACCUGGGGUAUAACGAACUGGGAGAGGCCGGAGUGCGGCUGCUGUGUGAGGGGCUAAAACACCCGAACUGCAAACUACAGAAUCUACACUUGAAGUGGUGCCGUGUCACAGCCGCUGCCUGUGGGGAUCUCGCUGCUGUUCUCAGAACCAGCCGGAGCCUGACAGAGCUGCACCUGGGGUAUAACGAACUGGGAGAGGCCGGAGUGCGGCUGCUGUGUGAGGGGCUAAAACACCCGAACUGCAAACUGCAGAAUCUACAGUAA